AUGAUCUCUUACGCUGUGGUUCUUUCUGCCCUGGCCGCCUCGGCUUUGGGUGCCAAUUCGACUGUCACCACUCCUACUCUUCCGGCUGGUUUCAAUAUUGGUCUGGUCAAGCCAGAUGAGCUAAACUCCUGGUGUCUGGGACAGCGUAAUGUGUGCCCAGACAUUUGCAACGGAGGAACCAAGCAAAACAGCUGCGACCCCUCUACACUGCAAUACAGCUGCGUCUGCAGUGAUGGAAGUGUCCCCGAUGUGUCUCAGUACCAGCAGACCGUCCCUUUCUACGUUUGCGAGGCCAACUAUGGUCAAUGCAUUGACGCUCAUCCCAACGAUGCUCAGGGCCAAGAGGCUUGCAAGGAAGCCAAACACUGUGGCACCAAGAACGCCACCGCUACUGAUACUAGCAGCUCUUCUGCGAGUGCCUCGCCUACUACUAUGUUGUCUUCUCCCACCGACACCACCGACACCAUCGAGACUGAGUCUACCCCAGCCUCUUCUUCAGUGGCUGCCUCCAGCCAAACCUCCAAUGCUGCAGUUCCUUUCGGAAGCAUGAUGGAGACAUACUCGACUGGACUUGUGGCCGGUGCCAUGUACUUGGCCAUGCGUCUGGUCCUGUAG